AUGAAGCUCUCUCUGGCUUUCGCCUCGUCGUUUCUGUUCGCGGCAGUUGCCGCCCAGAACGGCACCUACACGAACGGCACCUGCACGCCCAUCUACAAGAACCCCAAUGCCACCAUUGACGACAGAGUAUCGGACCUCCUCAGACGUAUGACUAUUGAGGAGAAGACUGCCCAAUUGGUCCAGGCCGACAUUCGUGACUACCUCAACCUGACUGAUGGCCGCUUCAACGAGACCGGUCUGGCCUGGGUUGCAGAGUACAGAGCCAACUCCGUCUGGACUGGUCUCUACACUAACCUUUCAACCGUCUCGUAUGGAGCCAAACUGGCCCAGGACUACCUUGUGCACAAUACCACGCUGGGUAUCCCGGCCUUCAUCCAGAGCGAGGGUAUCCACGGCUUCCUCGCCCUCAAUGCCACCAUUUUCAACUCGCCCAUUGCACACGGCUGCUCGUGGAACCCUGAGCUGGUCGAGAAGAUGGCCAGAGUCAUCGCCAUCGAGUCCAAGGCUCUUGGUGUUAAUCAGAUCUUUGCCCCGGUAGUUGAUUUGGCCCGUGAGCUGAGAUUCGGCCGUGUCGAGGAGACGUACGGCGAGGACCCCUACUUGGUCGGCGAGUACGGCUACCACUACACCAAGGGUCUCCAGGAGGAGGGCGUAUGCGCCAUGGUCAAGCACUUUGCUGCCUUUGCUACCCCUGAGCAGGGUGUCAACACGGCCCCCGUCCAUGGCGGUCCCAGAGAGCUUCGCACCACCUACCUUCCCCCUUUUAAGCGCGCCAUCUUCGAUGCCGACGCCUGGAGCAUCAUGUCUUCCUACAACUCCUACGACGGCAUCCCGACUGUGGCCGACCACCACCUGCUGACCGAGAUCCUGCGCGAGGAAUGGGGCUACGAAUACUACGUCAUCUCCGAUGCUGGCGGGACCGCUCGUCUGGCCAACGCCUUCUUCGUCUGUGGAGAGACUGACGAUGCUUGCAUCACCCUGAACACCCUGCCUGCUGGCAACGACGUCGAGAUGGGCGGUGGCCGCUACAGCUUCCAGUACAUCCCUGAGCUCGUCGCCAACGGAACCCUGCCCGAGGACGUUGUCGACACGGCCGUAUCCCGUGUCCUUCGGGCCAAGUUCAAGUCGGGCCUCUUCGAGCACCCCUACACCGCCGUUCCCGACGACCAGUUCUUCGACUACAUCAACACUGAAGAGCACCGUAAGAUUGCUCGCGACCUUGACGCCGAGAGCAUAAUUCUGCUGGAGAACCACAACGAGACACUGCCCCUGAAGAAGGAUGCCCACGUCGCUGUCAUCGGACCCAUGGCUCACGGCUACGUCAACUACGGCGACUAUGUCAUCCACACCGCCAUGGAGCGUGGGGUCACUCCCCUCGACGGUAUCCGGGCAGCCACUGAGGGCACCGUCACCUAUGCCAAGGGUGCCGAGCGUUGGUCCAACGAUGAGUCUGGGUUCCCCGAGGCCAUUGCUGCCGCCGAGGCCGCCGACGUCGCUGUUGUCAUCGUCGGAACAUGGUCUCGCGAUCAGGACGAGCUGUGGGCCGGCCUGAACGCCACCACUGGUGAGCACAUCGACGUCCACGACUUCAAGCUCGUUGGCGCCAUGGGCCGCCUCGUCAAGGCCGUCAUUGAUACCGGCAAGCCUACUGUCGUCAUCUUCAGCUCCGGAAAGCCCAUCACCGAGCCCUGGAUCUCAGACGAGGCCGGCGCUCUGGUGCAGAUGUUCUACCAGGGCGAGGAGGGCGGCCACGCGUUGGCCGAUAUCCUGUACGGCAACGUCAACCCCUCCGGCAAGCUCUCCGUUGCCUUCCCCCACGACGUUGGCACCACCCCCGUCUACUACGACUACCUCAACUCGGCCCGCUCCUGGCCCAACCCGGGUAAGGAAUAUCCCAACGGCACCUUGGUCUUCGGCAGCAACUACGUACUGUCGACUCCUCUGCCCUUAUACGAGUUCGGUUACGGCCUCUCCUACAGUACUUUCGACUACACCGACAUCAGCGUAUCCUCGUCGACCGUCUCCCCUGCCGAUACGGUCACUCUCAACGUCAAGGUGACCAACAACUCGACUCGUGACGGCGCCGAGGUCGUCCAGGUCUACGUCAAGGACUUGAUCUCGUCCAUCGUCGUACCCAACAAGGAGCUCCGUGGCUUCUCGAAGGUCUUCAUCAAGGCCGGCGAGACGGCCGACGUCUCCAUCGACCUGCCCGUCUCCGCCUGGGGUCUUUGGGACAAGAAGCUGCAGUACGUCGUCGAGCCCGGCGACUUCACCGUCUUCGUCGGCUCCUCCAGCGACGACUUCCGCGGCAACGUCACCGUGACUGUUGUCUAG